CCGUUGAAUUUGUUGCAUUAAUUGCAGUUUCAUGUACAUUCUUCCUAUUUAUGCAUACAAAAAAUUUGAACAGUAAAUUGCAUGAGAUGGAAAUAAGAUUGCAACCAUCUGAAUUAUCAGCAUUGGGAUUAAAUGGUGGCAAUUCAAUAAUUAAUGAUGAUGCAAAACAUCACGAUUUAAAAGGAUUACACAGUACUUAUCAAUAUUUGAAGAGCACUGGCCAAAUGCAAUUAUUAAAUUCUCGUGACCUAAAUAAUACAUUGAAAGCUGGAAUGGAAAUUUUAUUUUUUAAUCGUGUACCAAAAGUUGGUAGUCAAACAUUUAUGGAAUUAUUACGACGUUUAGCUGUACGUAAUGAUUUUCAAUUUCAUCGUGAUGCUGUACAACGUGUUGAAACAAUACGUUUAGGUGAUGAUCAACAACAGGAAUUAGCUGAAGUAAUUACAGAAUUACCGGAACCAUCAGUAUUUAUCAAACAUGUUUGUUAUACAAAUUUUACAAAAUUUAAUUUACCAACACCAAUUUAUAUAAAUGUUGUUCGUGAUCCAAUUGAACGUGUUAUUAGUUGGUUUUAUUAUGUAAGAGCACCAUGGUAUUUUGUUGAAAGGAAAGCAGCAUUUCCAGAAUUACCAUUACCAGAUCCAGCAUGGUUAAAAAAAGAUUUUGAAACAUGUGUACGUAUGGGUGAUAAAGAAUGUACAUUUACACAAGGUGUUACACAUGAAGGUAUCGGUGAUCAUCGUAGACAAACAUUAUUUUUUUGUGGUCAUGAUUAUGAAUGCACGCCAUUUAAUACAGUAGGAGCUUUAGAAAGAGCUAAAUAUGCUGUUGAAUCUCAAUAUGCAGUUGUUGGUGUAUUAGAAGAUUUAAAUGCUACUUUAUCUGUAUUUGAAAAGUAUAUACCAAGAUUUUUUUCUGGAGCAUAUGAAAUAUAUCAAGAGAGUGCUGAACAUUUGGCUAAAAUAAAUAAAAAUGCAUUUAAACCGCCAGUUACAGAAGAAGUUAAAGAUAUUGUUAGAAGAAAUUUUACAAAAGAAAUUGAAUUUUAUCAAUUCUGUCGUCAAAGACUUUAUAAACAGUAUUUAGCAGUAAAUUUACCAGAUCGAGUUCUAAGUGAUAGACCUUAAUUUAAUUUUAUUAUUAUUUAAUUCUAAAUUUAUUAUGUAAAACGAACAAUACAAUAUUAUUAUAUUUUCAA